AUGUCGCGGCGUUUUGAGCGUAGUCGGCAGCGGACUAGCACCUUGGAAGCUAUUUGCUUGCACGAAUACGUGGCCCCUGAGCGCUGGUGUGUCACAAAAGCAGAUCUGAGAUACUUGCAGCAUGAGGUGAACAAUGCCAUAAAGGAGGGUAAGCUUUCAUCGAGUUUCGAUAGCGAAGACAGUGAUAGCCUGGAUGAACCGGUCUUUGGCCCCAGCAUCUAUGUGGUGAAUGAGCAGUACAUCAAGCCAGUGACAGCGCAAGCUGGCAAGAUGAGUUGGGCCUUGAUGCUAAAUCCUGACGGUUUGGAUUGCCACCUUUUUGUAAGCCACGCUUGGCAGGAAGGCAUCUUCGAAUUUCUCUCGAAAGUGCUCACUUCGUGGCCGUCCAGAGCGCACAACGCGUGGUGUUGCAUGCUGGCGAACCCACAGAAUUUGAACAUUGGUUCCAUGUUGCAGUCGCCCAAGACCUCACCCUUCGCCUUGGCUUUGCAAGCGUCUCGCUAUGUCUUGGUGGUGCCCAAUCGCCACCAGAGCGUCUACAGUCGCCUUUGGUGCGGCUAUGAGGCCUACGUGGCUUCAGAGGAUGCAAAGAUCAUCCAAAUUGCUCGCGCCUCCACGCGCCCGUUGAUGUUCUGGACCUUGACUCGCGCCACCGCCUUGCUGGCGCUGGGUUUCCUCAUAGGCAUGAAUGUCCCAGUCCAAGCAAAGCACACCCACGCGGAAGCGGCUGGUGCCGUAACCAUUGUGGCAGCUGCAGCGGCUUUGUUCAGCGUAUGUGCACGCAGUCGAGGGCGACUAAUUGCCAAUUGUGUUGGCCUCGUGGCAUCCGCUGUCUUGGAGGGUUGGGGAAAUCCCUUUGGAAUGACUUUCAAAUACGUGUCCGGCUUCGUGGAACAUAUGAUGCACCGCGCCUGCUGGGGAGCCGUUGUGUGCUUCUUCUUUUUUGCAGAGGUGGACCGGAUACACAGCCUUCAGAUCCGCGAGGAAGCGCAGCAGCUUCGGAAAGGCUGUAAAGGCUCCAUUCGUUUCGCGUCUUGCUCCGACCUCACAGAUAUGCAGAACAUUUGGGAUGAAAUUGGAGACAAGGUUCCUGAAGUCGAUCAUGCCAUCUUCGUGCUCAUUUCAGCGGGGAUCUCGUCUCCCUCGCUUCGGAUGGCCGCAGAUCAGGGAGUGAAGAUUGAAGGAGCUGGGCAUGCUGAAAUGGCAGUGACCAUCGUGGUUUUGGGCCCUUUGCUCUUUAUGAGCAUCGCUGAGAUGGUCGGCCUAUGCUACAACCUCCUUCAUCGUGGGUUGAUUAAGUGGGAGAUUGUGCUUUUGGUUUCUACAGUGGUGGGAUUUGUGGUUCGAAUCUCCUUCGUCAUCCUCUUCUGCGUGGUCCCUGUAGACGAACGCAUGUUCUUGCUGAAGGUCAUUACAAAGCUGGUGGCCCUUCUUUGCCUACCACUUGCAUUACUCUUUGGCAUAGCCGCCCAGUAUGAUGCCAGCGAAAGCAUUCAUGCGCUGGGCAUUAUCUCCAUGUGCUCCCAUGUGACCUCGUUGCUGGGUUUCUGCUUCAGCAUGCUUGGCAUCCAAGGCACCUUGAAGCUUCCAGGUGGUCGAUGCCUGCUGCAGUUCAUCUUGGCAAGGCAAGGUGCCUUCAGAUAUGAUGAACUGCAAAGCGAGGAUUCCUUUUCGAGUGACGAGUGA